CCCCCCCAACCUCCCAAAAGAUGUCAGCGUCCUACUGUCCUUAUCCAUUCCGACAUAAACGAGCUUGCUUUAAAACAUAAGAUCAACACGCCCAAGUCAGCAAAAUGUCAUGUCCGAACAACGUGGCAGCCGGUUCAUUUCUGAUGGAUUCGCUGGUGGGAGAAACGUCUCCAUACAGAGGUGAAGGAUAUUCUGCUAACUCUGGGAUGUACAUAUCAACGUCCGCAGAAUAUGGCUGUCAGAUGAUGAGAAAUUUGGGCGUCGCUGGUAUGCCCCACUCCAAACGGGAUGAGCUGCCACCGAGCACCGUGCUAAUCAGCGGCUAUGAGCACGCGCAUUACCUGUCGCAGCGGGACUCCUGGACGACCGCCUCCAAAACUUACAGAGGUGCCCAACCUGUUGCCCAGCCUUUGCACCCAUGCUCUUUUACAAGUAGUAGCGUCAAGGAAGAGGCUAUACCUUGUCUGUAUCAGUCUGAUAUCGAUAGUCCCAAGGAGUCUACGGACUCCUCCACCUAUAUCCGCUUGGGAGACAAUAGCAACCACACUGAUCAAAGCGGUGUCUCCUCCGCAGUUUUUUUCCAAAGAAACCAUGUGUAUACAACUGAAAGGGUGAAUGAAGAAGAUGGGUUCGACUCGGACUUUAGCCGUAUUUCAAGAAUAACAGCUCCAACAGAGACACGAGCCGUCGAUUCGUUUGUCAAGAGCAGCAAGUCGCAGCAGGACGCAACGGGCGAGCAAACGAAUGCGGAGGAGCAUCGUGCGGAUAAGAGACAGCAACUUAGGAAAAAGGACGGCGGGUCGAAGAACGACAGCUGUACAGAUGAUUCUGAGAGCGAAUUGAAAGAUGAAGUAAAAUUAGAAAACACAACGGGAAACUGGCUAAAGGCUAAAAGUGGACGGAAGAAGAGAUGUCCUUACACAAAGCAUCAGACACUUGAGCUUGAAAAGGAGUUCUUGUUCAACAUGUACUUGACUCGAGAGCGCCGUCUGGAGAUCAGCAAGAGUAUCAACCUCACAGACAGACAAGUCAAGAUUUGGUUUCAAAACAGAAGGAUGAAACUGAAGAAGCUUAACAGGGAAAGUCGGGUCCGGGACAUAACGGGCUACAACUUCAACUGA